CCGCGCGCGGUGCUUUUUCCUGUGUCUGCUGCGGUUGCUUUCAGCAUGAAGGCGAUGUGUGCUAAGUUUGUGUCUCAGAAAAUCAGCAAAACCCGCUGGCGACCGGUGCCUCCGGGGAGUUUGCAGACAGCGGAGACCUUCGCUACGGGCUCUUGGGACAACGAGGAAAAUUAUGUUUCAUUGUGGUCAAUUGGAGAUUUUGGAAACUUGGACUCUGAUGGAGGGUUUGAAGGAGACCAUCAGUUACUCUGUGAUAUCAGACACGAUGGUGAUGUAAUGGAUUUACAGUUUUUGGACCAGGAAAGAAUUGUAGCUGCUUCCUCAACAGGAUGUGUGACAAUUUUCCUUUACCAUCAGAAUAACCAGACUCUGUCUGUCAGCCAUCAGUGGACAACAGCUCACUGCCACACUGGUCCAGGCAGUCCUUCCUAUAGCAGCGCACCAUGUACAGGUGUAGCGUGCAACAACCCAGAAAUUGUCACUGUUGGUGAAGAUGGCAGAAUAAAUCUCUUCAGAGCUGAUCACAAGGAAGCUGUGAGAACUAUAGACAAUGCAGAUAGCAGUACGCUACAUGCUGUAACCUUCCUUCGAACUCCUGAGAUUCUGACAGCGAAUUCAAUUGGACAGUUAAAAAUAUGGGAUUUCAGACAACCAGGAAAUGAGCCCUCUCAUAUACUAUCACCGACUGGUGACCGAGUGCCCCUCCACUGUGUUGAUAGACAUCCUAACCAGCAGCAUGUUGUAGCUACUGGCGGCCAGGAUGGAACGUUGAGUAUUUGGGAUGUUAGACUAGGUACUAUGCCAGUGUCUCUGCUGAAGGCUCAUGAAGCUGAAAUGUGGGAAGUUCACUUUCACCCAUCCAACCCAGAUCAUUUAUUUACUUGUUCUGAAGAUGGAUCCCUCUGGCAUUGGGUUUCCUCCACAGACGUCCCUGAAAAGUCAUCACUCUUUCACCAAGAAUCUCAUCGAUGCCUGAUGACAAAAAAAUUUGAAUGUAUGGAAGAAUACCAGAGGAAUGAAUCCUUGUGCUGAGGAAAUACACUGCCUUCUAACAAACUAUAACUGACAGCUCAUGGAACCAACUCUUCAGUUUUAAUGUUGCAGGACUUAACACUGUCAAACCACCAACUGGUUCCUAUCCUUUUUAUUAAGUGUGGGAAAUAUCCCUUCUUCAUGGCAUUAGCCAGUGUUCAUACUUAUCCUCUUUAUUUCAAGUAUUUUUCUUCAAUGCAUCCACAUUUAUUUUCUUAACAAUUUUAAUAAACUUUUCCAGAAAUAAUUGAUUAGAGCAAAAGUUACAAAUUUAUAGUCAUGUUUAAACUUUUUAAAAUGUGAACAUGUUUUGGCAGGUUCCCUUAUUACAGUAAUUUUCAACAAAACACUGUCAACUCUUUAGACCCAAAUUUAUCUUGGAGGGAAAAAAGAAAAAUUUUUUUCUAAGCAUUUUUAGUUUUAAAACACAGUUGAAAACUGUUUAACGAGACACUGUGUUAUAAACUAGAUAAUACUCAUGUUUGACAUUGACAUGUGACCUGACUUCCAGACUAAAAUUUGUUAGAUAACAUGUUAGAUUAGUGAUGGUGAUAUGGUAAGAUUAAAGAAUUCUGCCAUCUUUCUUACCAGAAACGUUAAUGGCGACCUCAUAUGUAGUGUUUUAAGACAAUUUCAUGACAUUUUCUUACCAGAGUCUAUCAGAUUAAAUGCAUUAUUUAACUGUUAAAACCUUGAUGACAAAUCUCUGCUGUUAUAUACACAGUUGAAGUAUGCAUUCAUUUACUUCAUAAUCCACUCAUAGUAGUUUUGAUAAGGUUUUGCUUUUCUGUCCUAAUUAAAUACUUUGAUGAUUUUUCAACAUUUUUAUGCCAUCUUACCUCAGGUUUCUCCCCUUUUAAACUAGAAUAUAUAUGUGUAUUUUCUUAAUAUAUAUAUUUGGCUCAAUAAUGUUUGAUUAAAGAUAAUUAGUAAUUUUGAAUUCUAGUGAAUUUGAAAAAAUGUUACUAUGUGUGCAUUUUUUUAAUUUGUUUAUAGUUUUAUUGCUAGGGUUAACAUUUAAAGACUUUUGUUAUUACAAAAGAUAUUCAUUACAGAAAAUAUAGUCAAAAGAAAAAUUUAAGUACACAUAGUCUGAGAGAACUAAUGUCUUUUCAGAUCCCUUUCUAUGCAUCAGUGUUUAUAAUUUACAAAAAUAUGUUUGUGAACCAACAUUUCCUAGCAGCAAACACAUUUCUGUACUAUCAUAUUGCUGCUCAGUACUCCAAGGGGCACCAUAAUUUAUUUCAACUGGUCGGCUGUUAAUGGGUAUUUCACAUGUUCCCAGAUUUUCACAGUUAUUAAUGCUGUAAUGUCUAUUGAAUUUGUAUUUCUUUUUUAAAUGCUUAUAUCCUUAACAGUUUUUAUUUUCAUGGUAUUUUGGCAUUUUCUUAUUCGUUUGUGAGAGCUUUUUAAAUAUGAAGAAUUUUUGUCUUUGGUCAUAUGAUGGACAUGUUUUUCACUUCAUCUUUUGACCUUAUUCAUGGUCCUUUUUACAGAUCUUUACAUAUUGCAUGUAGUCAAAUCAAUUGAUUUCUUCCUUUACAAUUUCUGCCUGUGGUGUCAUGCUUAGAAAGUCAGCCUCUAUUCUAGACUUAUAUAAAUGUUAAUCUAUAAUUCCUUCUGUUUUUCUGAUUCAUGUUUUAUAUACAGUAAUUACAUUCAAAAUCUAAUUACUUAAUACAGCCGAAUUUUUUUUUUUUAAACUUUCUAUUGUGGAUAAUUUCAAACAGAGAGAGUAUUUUAAUGAACUUCAUUUACUUAUCACACAGCUUCAACAGUUAACAACACAUGGCCAGUCUUCAUCUCUGCUGCCAUCCACUCCCUACCAUCCCACCCUGCCUCUGGAUUGUUUUGAAACAAAUUCCAAGUAUAUUUCCUUCCUAACGCAUCAGUAUGUAUCUCUAAAGAAUGAAGACUUUUUUCUUUUAAUAAGCACAAUACCAUUAUCAUGCCUACACAACAUUACUGAUUAUUUCUUCAUAUCAGAUAUCCAGGCAGUGUUUAAAUUUUUCAGAUUGUCUCAUAAACUUUAUAUGUGGUUUAUUCAAAUCAGCAUUGAAAUAAGGUCCAUACAUUGUGUUUGGAUUAUGUCUCUUUAAACUGCUUUCAAUCCAUAGGUUUCCUCUCUCUUUUUUUUUCUGUGGCACUGUUUUGGUUAAAGAAACCAGAUUGUCUCACAGAAUUCUGAAAUCUGGAUUUGGCUGAUUGCAUCCCCAUGUAUUUUACCUUCUGUAUUCCUGGUGGCGCAGUGGUUAAGUGCUCAGCUGCUAACCAAAAGGUUGGCAGUUCAAACCCACCAGCUGCUCUGCAGGAGAAAGAUGCACAGUCUGCUUCCGUAAAGAUUACAGGCUUGGAGACCCUAUGGGCCAGUUCCACUCUGUCAGAAUUGACUGUGGUUUGGUUUGGGUUUUUUAUUGCCUGUAAACUUGUUGGUAGGUAAAUCAGGUUCAGUUUUGCUGUUAUUUUUGGGAAUUGGAGAACAGUUUAAACUGAAAAACAGUCUACAAAUUGAAAUUUAGGGUCAUAGCAAUUAUCUGAGUUACUUGAUCUCUCUUUCAGUGCUAGAGAAAAAAUAUAUCCUGAUAAACUGAGGAACUGUAUAUUUACAUUUCAUCCUGGAAUACCAUAAGUGAGAAACAGUGGUUUUUUUGUUUUGUUUUACUGGGUUUUUAGCAAAAAUAUUUCAUAGGUGGUGGUAACUGCCUUUCCUGUAUCACGUCAGGAAACACAUAAUGUCUGGCUAUCUUGUUUUGUGAUAAUAAGAUCACUGGGUUCAGGAGGUGUCAGCCUGAUCCAUACAUUAUAAAAUUACCCAUCAACUUUUCAUCUAAUGGUUUUAGCAGUGAUUAAUGGAUCUGGGUCUGGAGCAAAAAAAAAAACGUCGCUGUCAAGUCAAUUCCAAUUCAUAGUAGCCCUAUAGGACAGAGUAGAAGUGUUGUAUAGGGUUUCCAAGGAGCGGCCGGUGGAUCUGAACUGCCGACCUUUUGGUUAGCAGCCGUAGCUGUUAACCACUAUGUCACCAGGGUUUCUGGGUCUGGAGCAGCACCUUGUAAUUAAACAUACUAAUAUUUCUGCAGGAAAAUAUUUGCAUAUCCAUGCUAAGUGGGAAAAAUGAAAACUGUAAAUAGCUUGAAAUGAUUUGGGUUUAGUUUUGCCACCAAGCUUCUGAAAAACAGUAUUCAGAGGCUUGGGGAUUCAGUAUUAUGCAUAAGGAGUUGUGGACCUGUAGGAUUUUCCUGAUAUUGCUCCUAAUUAGAAUAUUUCUAGUUUUACCAGUAUUUGCCAUUGGUUUUUGAAAAUCUUUAUUAUGUUAAAAUAUUCUUCUAUUUCUAGUUUCUAAAACAAAGUUUUGUUAGCAAUGAAAGUUGAAUUUUAUGUCUUAUUUGCAUUUAUGAAUAUUACAUGGUUUUCUUUUAAUCUAUUAAUAGAUUUUCUGACGAUGACUCUCACAGACCUGACAUAAACUCUGUAUCAUUAUGGUGUAUUAUUCUUUUAACACACUAAACUGCUGAAUUCUAACUGCUAAUAUUAACUUAGGACUUUGCAUCCAUAUUUCAGCUAAAAUUGGGGCUUCAGUUUAACCGGGUUUUGGCAUGGAAUUAUGACAUAAAACUCAAAAAAAUUUAAAUUAAAAUUUCAUAAGAAAUUAAAAAUCAGUAUGUUCAGGAAAUGUUUAAAUAGCAUAGGAAUUAUUUGUUCUUUGAAAGGUUGGCAAAUAUUUCUGGCAAGUCUGGGCCCGGUGGCUUUUUUGGAAGGAAUAACUUUUUAGUAUUUUUAAAAAGCAUCUCUCAUAUUUAUUGGUCUAUUUCAGUGUUCUACCCAUUUCUGAAACAAUUAUGCUUUUCUAGAAAAUAAUCCUUCUUGCUAUGACUGGUUUUAGACUGCAUUUGUGAGCUUGUGAACAUAAUAUUCUCUUAACAUUUUUUCAACUUUUCAUUAUGAAAAUUUUCAAAUAUAUAAAAUAUUAGAAUUGCCUAAGAACCCCGUGUUCCCAUCACCCAACUUAAGCAGUUGCUGACAUUCUACUAUUCUUGUUUCAUCUGUUCCUCCCAUUCUCUUUUUGUUUUUUGUUAUGUUGGUUUCUUCUGGAGUUUUUUAAAGCAAAACCUAGACAUGAUUUCACCCAAAAAUAACAUAAUCUCUAUCAGAUGGACAUUUUAAAAAAACCUAACAAACAUAACCAUGAUACCAUUAUCCAAGCCAGCAAAUUAACGAUGAUUCCCUAAUGACAUGUAAUACUGUGUCCACAUUCAAUUUUCCAUAAUUGUCUCAAAAAUGUCUUCACAAAUAGUUUGAACCAGGAUCUAAAAAAGGACAGCGCAUUGCAUUUUGUUGAUUUUUUUAAAUCUGUUAAUAGUUGUCCUCUUUCUCUCCCUCAUAUAUUCAUUAAAAGAAACUAGGUCAUCUGUAAACUUUCCCGCACUCCGGGUUUAGCUGAUUGUACCCCUGAGUUUUCGUUUUACAUGUUCCUCUGCCCCUGUGUUUCCUAUGAGGUGGUAGGUAGGUCGAGAAGCUUGGUUAGAUUCAGGUUCAGUUACGCCAUCAGUACUUCAUAGAAGUGCUCUGGUGCGGUGCACUUACUACUGCCUCACAGCAGAGGGCGCAUGGCGUCUGUCCGACGUGUGAGUGAUUGAUCACGGGCGGGGCCAGAUGUCUCAAAAUACUUUACCACUGUAUCUGUGGUUACAGCCUCUUGUAGUGUUUUUUCUUUAUCCAUUCUAGAAGUUAUUUUCGUUUUCUAAUUAUCUAAAUUAUGCUUUUAUCUUUAAUUCCUUUUUCCUGCCCUUUAUUAUUUUAUUGUCUAGAUUCUGCAAUUGAAUGUUUUAGUUCAUUGAUUUCUACUCGUUAUGAUUCAGUAAUAAAAACAACUAUAUUUUCCUUUGUACUAAUGUCUACUGCUGCAGCCUAAAGGCCAGGCGAGGCCGUGGCCCUCUCUUUACCCAGGACAGGGGCCCUCCGAUUCCACUAAGUAGGCUCACACCCUGGUUCUGAGCAGGCCUGGACUCGAUUCUCACUCCUAACACCCCUGCUCCCAGGUAGCAUGUUUUCCCUGUACAGUGAAUGGCAAGCUUGUCCUGCCUCUCUUUUUCUUCCCUCUGCCCUCAUCUAAAUCACCUGUUGCUGCAGAUUCUGAAGGCUUCAAUACAUUUCUCAGUUCCCAGCAGCAAAGUAAAAAAUUUCCCUUGAUGAUUACAGUGAGAAACUGGUAGAGGGAGGGAGUCAAACACGUAGGCUUAGAAUACUAGCUUGGACUGAGAGGGUAAUUCCUUGAAAUUUGAAAUUCUGCUUUGGUUUAAGGAUAUUUGUAACCAUAGGGAAAAGAAAGUGUAUUUGAGUACUGUUGCAUUGCAUAUCAAUGAACAAGUUCUGCCAGCUUUAAAGAGAAACACAAGCUUCAUGUAGUAUAAAUAAAACCAUAAAUUAUGAUUGUCAACUUACUGCCUUUAAUCAUAAAACUAUUAAACAGUUACUUUUGAGGGUUACAGGAUCUCAGAGAUAGAAGGUAUGCUGGAGGGCGUCUCCAACUUAAAUUUAAUCAUCCCUUCUACAGUGUCUCCACACAUCAUCCAACCUCUGCUUGAAAACACAUUAUGGUAAAAUUUCCCAUUCCUCAAUACAGCCUCUCCUCCCUUGGAUAGCUCUAAUUGUUACAGCCUUAUAACAAAGUUUUAGUGUGUGAGUUGGAUCCAGAAAAAGCAACCCUGUAAAAAUGUAGAAUUGUGUGAUUAAUGAAAUGAUCAUGUAAGCCUACUCCGUGACAUAGAGCCAGUUCCCAAGCAUGUUAUCCUUGAAUUUACAUUAUAUUGGAAUGCUGUAUUGUGGGGUUUCACUAAGUAAGUAUAUUUUCAUACACUAAAUUGAAAUUUGCUUUCCAUUUGUUUCCUUUAGAACCACACACACAAAAAAUUAUUACAUAUUCAAAUAUUCAAGGCUAGAUACUGUAGUUCUCCAGCAUAAAAACAUAUUUAAUCCCUUCAGUGGUUUCUUGUGGGUAAGGUUCCCUUCUUGGCUAAAUCCUACUCACCCCUCUAGACUCCAUUUAGGUGUCAUUUUCUCCACAAAGCCUUCCCUGUUGUCAUUGUUAGGUGCCGUUAAGUUGCUCUAACUUGUACUGACCCCAUGUACAACUGAAUGAAACGCUGCCUAGCUCUGCACCAUCUUCACAAUCAUUGCUAAGUUUGAGCCCAUUGUUGCAGCCGCUAUGUCAGUACGUCUCAUUGAGGCUGUUGCUCUUUUUCACUGACCCUCUGCUUUACCAGGAGCCCUGAUGAAGCAGUAGUUAAGAGCUUGGCUGCUAACGAAAAGGUCACCAGUUCAAAUCCACCAGCCACUCCUUGGAAACCCUAUGGUGGCAGUUCUACUCAAUGCUAUAGGGUCACUACGGGUCAGUCAGAAUGGACUUGAUAGCAAUGGGCUUGGUUUGCUUUGGGCUUCAAAAGCACGUUGUGCAGAGCCUAUAUUGUGUCUACAGCAGUAUGGUAAACAGCCUGUCUCUCCCUACUGGACCAAUAGCUCAAGAACUGGGCCGAGGUCAUACUGCUGUAUCAGGAAUGCUUAACACAAUAUCGGAUCUAUCAUAGGCACUGGAUGAGUGUUAAUUGAACUGGACUAAUCUCACAUUUUGUUUUCCUUUUUAAAAAUACUCCAGUUUACCAAAGGCCCUCUUUAGACAUGACUCCCAAAACGAGCUUUUCCAGUGUUGUCUGCCAUGCGCAGAGUAUGGCAGAAACCUUACUAUCGUGUUCUGAGUAUGAUGUUUCUGGUAGUAUACUAUCUCUGUUUAACUAUUCUGACAUUUGUUUAAUUGAACUACUGACUACUUAUAGUUGAAAUUACAGAUAACUAAAAUCCUGAAGAUUUCACACAUACUCCUAAGCCACACUUCUAUAUUCUUGAGUUAAUCCAGAUGGUUUUUGAUCCUUACUAUAAGCCCAUCCUUCUUGUUCUAAGAAGGCAAAUUUCAUUCGGGCAACAUCUGAUCACAUACAUGUCCAUGGUCCCAUAAGCUUAUAACAAGAGUUCAGAAAUCCUGACUGGAAAACAGGAAGAGGGGACAUAACUAGACAUAGCAAACACGAGAGCUUCCCUCAUGCAACAUGUGUAUCUAAUGUUUCUUGUAUACAAAGUGACUGUACUGCCAGGCAUAUAAAAGUACAAUACAUAUAUAACCUAUAAUACAUCUUGAUAGUUGUAAUAAAUAUCACUGUUACUGGCUUAUGUAGGUACUUUACUGUACUUUCUAUCAUCCCAGGUUACAAACAUCUGACUUACAUAAACCAAGCCUGUAAAGCCCAUUGUGUUAAAAAUCUGAGGUACAUACAAUGAUUUGUAAUAACAAACGGGCACUAUGUUGUGACAAGCAUCAAACCAUUAUUAUUAUUACUGUAUUAUUAAAGAUGUUUUAGUGUAUCUGGAAGUGUUUCUUUA